AUGGCAACGCAAACUCUUUCAGCUGGCACCAACUAUUCGAAAGGAAUUCUUGUUUCAAUCAGAGAAAUGACAGAAACCUCUGACUUUACAAUCAAAGUUGCCGGAAAAUCAUUUCCAGUCCAUCGCAACGUAAUAACAGCUGCAUCAAGCUAUUUUAGAGCGAUGUUUUCAAGCAACAUGAAGGAAGCCCAGCAAGGUUUAGCUGACAUGAAAACUAUAAAGCCCUCUAUAAUGGAGAAGUGUAUCGACUUCAUGUAUACCGGCGAAGUCGAAGUUCAAAUUGACGAGAUUCAAGAUAUUCUGCAUGCAUCGAGCCUACUACAGUUGGAUGCACUAACUGAACUUUCCUUUGAAUAUCUACAAGAGAAUCUCUCGGUGAACAAUUGCCUUGUUGCGGUAUUCCUAGCCAAACUUUAUGAUCGAGUUAAUUUACUGAACAUAGCCGAAAAAAUAGUUUAUGAUAAAUUUGAAGAAGUGGUUUCCAAGACACUUUUUUCAGCCAUUUCAUGUGACGACAUAACUCGCUAUCUUUCUAAAGCAGAAGUAAGCCAUGAAAUAAAAUGGAACGCAAUUGUUACAUGGCUUUCUGUUCGACAUGAAGAAGUGGAACGUGCUCUACCAAAGCUAAUGGAUUCGAUCAAAAACAUCCCGGUCAAUUGUUUGCUUGAAACGAUUCUUAAUGAACGAAUGGUGUUCAAAAACAAACAAAUGUGA